AUGGCCUCUUCUCGGCGCAGCGGCGAGUGCCCGCGAGGCCCACGGCGGCUGUACCGACCCAUGCCUGCGUCGCAGGCGUUGUGUCCCCGGCCUAAAGACCCGGCCGGGUGCAAAAUUGAUUUAUGGAGGUUCGAAGAUCCGGAUAGCCAUCGGGCAAGGCGGGGCCAGAUGCGACAGUGCGUUUGUAUGGGCUUCGUGGCAGAACCUCUAUACAAUAAUAUUUCAGAGCAUACAAAAAGCAAGAUAAAUCGGGUGACGUUGGUUGGGAGCUUGUUCUCUAGUGGCGUUAGUAUCCCAGCGACAGCAGCAGCAGCAGUCAACCGAGUCCCUUGCGGCGAAAUGCAGCGCAAUUCCGAGUUCACCGGCGCGUCGCAGCGCUUCCAGAAGAGCUCGUCCUGGAAGGGGCGGAGCAACAGCCAUGACAUGACACAAUCCAGCGCGGCCACGACCACGACCGCGGGCGAGUUCGUCUCGUCCAAGACGGGCUACCUCACAAAGCGGUCGAUCGGCUCCAUCGACGCCUUGGCCAACUGGCGAGAGCGCUUCUUCGUGCUCGCGGAGGCCAAGCUGUGCUACUACAAGGUCGGCGGCGGCUUCUUCUCGAAGAAGAAGGAGGAGGAGCAGGACCUCGCGCACUUCAAGGGCCAGCUCGAGCUCUCGCCCGACACGGUCGUGAAGAAGACCAACAUUGACAACAAGGCCAACUGCUUUGAGAUCAACACGGGCGACAAGCGCAUGUUUGCCCAGGCCAACACGGCCAAGGAGUGCGAGGACUGGAUCAAGAUGAUCCGCGCGCACGUGACAGCGCUGCAGCAGCAGCGCUUCCGCAAGAGCGGCAGCAGCGACGAAUCCAAGCCGACGCCCGCGCAGUUUGAGGCGUCGGUGUUUGCGUCGUCGGCCGCCACCAUGGGCGGCGCCAAGGCCAGUGACCAGGACUACACGCGCCCGAGCUUGCUCGAGAACCACGACAUUGUGCGUGGCGCCGAGGCCUCGACGGACCCGAAGGACGUUGUCAUCAAGCAGCUCCUCGAAGAGAACCGGCAGCUGCGCGAGCAACUCAUGCUCAAGGAUCAGAUCAUCCACGAACUCGAGACGAGCAACGGCCAAGCGACGCUCCAGCAAGCCCGCGACACGCUCGUCGGCAGCUCGGGUCUCGGGUCCAACCGCAGCCUCCCGCGUGUCGGCUCGAUCGUCGGCGCGCCCAAGCAGAUGCUGGACCUUCGCGACCUGCGCAAAAAGCAAAUCCAGCUGUUUGACGCGGCCGAAGUCGGCAACUUCCACCUCAUCUCGACCCUCCUGCGCGACAACGUCAUCGACAUCAACGGCGUUGGCAUCAACCAGUGCACCGCGCUGCACCUUGCCGCUCGCAACAACCACGCCAAGGCCGUCGCCGAGCUCGUCGGCCGCGGCGCCGACAUCUCGGCCCGCACCGCGGACCGUCUCACGCCCUUGCACCUCGCCGCCAUGGAGGGCCACGCUGCGUGCGUUGAGGAGCUCCUCAAGGCCGGCGCCGACCCCAACACGACCGACCAGAACGGCAACGGCGCGAUCCACCUCGCGGCCGAGGGCGGCAACAUUGCGUGCGCCAAGCUCCUUAUCGCGUACGGCGCGCGCACGGACGUGCCGAACGCGUCUGGGUCGCUGCCGGUGCACAUUUCGCCGAUCGGCCACCCGAUCCGCGUGCUGCUCUCGGGCGGGUCGUCGGCGCAGAACAACGCGGUCAACCCGGUGCAGCCGCCGGGCCGCGUCGACCCGAACGACGUGAGCAACAAGACGGAGAUGCACGUGACGUUCAAGAACAAGUACCACGAGAGCCUCGCGCUCGGGCCGCGCGAUUUCGAGUUUGUCAAGGUCCUCGGGCGCGGCGCCUUUGCCAAGGUGUACCUCGUGCGCGGCAAAGGCGCCAACAAGGACAAGUGGUUUGCGCUCAAAGCCUACAACAAGCAGGCCAUCGUGCAGAAGAACCAGGCGCAGUACAUCCACACGGAGAAGGCGGCGCUGCAGGCGUGCUCGGACCACCCGUUCAUCGUGAGCCUCUACUAUGCGUUCCAGUCGCAAGACCGACUCUUCCUCGUCAUGGAGUACUGCGGCGGCGGCGACUUGCUCUCGACGCUCACGCGCCGCAAGGCGUUCACAGAGCCGGAGGCUGCGUUCUACAUUGGCCAGAUUGUGUUAGCGCUCUCGCACCUGCACUCGAAGGGCAUCGUCUUCCGCGACCUCAAGCCCGAGAACGUCGUCUUGGACCUCGAUGGCAACGCUCUUCUGACCGACUUUGGCAUCUCGAAGGAAGGCGUCGCGGACCACUCGUCGGCCAACACGUUUUGCGGGUCGCCCAUGUACCUGGCGCCCGAGAUGCUCUCGCGGUCGGGCCACGGCUUUGCGCUCGAUUGGUACUCGGUCGGCGCGCUCCUCUUUGAGCUGCUCACGGGCCUCCCGCCGUUCUAUACGAACGACAAGAAGCAGCUCUUCCACAACAUCCUCCGCGGCAACCUGACGAUCCCAGAGUACAUUUCGCCGCAGGCGCGGGACCUCAUCCAGCGCCUCUUGUGGAAGGACCCGAACCAGCGUCUCGGGUCGGGCCCACGCGGCGACAAGGAGAUCAUGGACCACCCGUUCUUUGCGCCCAUCGACUGGAACAAGCUGUACCGCAAGGAGAUCCCGCCGCCGUUCAAGCCCAAGAUUGACGCGGGCAACGCGGUGCCCGACACGUCCAACUUUCCCAACUCGUUCACCGAGCAAGAGAUCACCGAGAUUGAGCGAGGGCUUGCGCCGCCGCCGGCCGGCGCCGGUACGCUCCAGCGGUCGGCGUCCAAGGAGCAAAAGGAGUCGAAGCUCUUCAAGGACUUUGACUUUACGCCCGAGGUCAAGCUCGACAAUGAAGCCACGCUCUUUGAGGCGCAGCUGCUCUUGCACCAGAACAGCAUCAAGAACCAAAAGCCGCCGGCGCUCGUCGAGAGCGACGAGUACAGCAUCUAA